AUGACGAGUGAUAGUGAGAAGGAACGCGAGAUGACUCCAGAAAAUGGAGGUCAAGAUGAGGUAAAGCAAAGUGGAAAGACAAAGAAAGGAAAAACGGCUGAAGGAAGCGAGGCAUCGAGAAGGGAGAAAGAAACCCCUAUUGUUAAAGGAAAACGAACUCCGCGAGGAGGAGCAAAGAUAAACACUUCUAAGCGUAAAAAGGCUUUGAAACAAGAGGCUGAUGAAAGCGUUGAAUUGCAUGAUUCUCUAGGUAAAAGGAAAAAGGCUUAUGAAGAAGAAGAAAUGCAGCGAUUGAAGGAGGAACUCUACCAAGAAAGACGAAAGAAGGAAGACUUAGUGAAGGAAUGCAUAAGGUUGGAAAGACAAAAUGAGAAGCUUAUAAUUAAGAACAAUCAUUUAAAAAGGAAGCAAGAAGGGAGUAGUGCACAAAGAGGAGAAUAUGCUCCGAAAAGGAUAGCUGAAGGAUGUCGCGACUACCGGCAAGAUAACAAGGGGAGAGGGGAACAAAACGAACGAGAAGACUUAAAGAGGACCAUAGAGAACAGCAGGAGGGAAUUCAGAGAAAGAGAGUAUCUAAUGCAGCAAUCGACGAUGGCCGACAGGAGAGGAAACAAUACCCAAAUAAUAGAAAGGCAACCGGGCUGCAACCCAAAUUAA